AGCCUCCCAAUGGCCCUCGCUGAGUAGUCAGCAAUUAUCCGCCAGCCAUGGCGGCAGAUGUGGCGAAGCUAUGCGCCAGCUUGGACAAGAUCUUCAAGAGCUUCUCCACCCAGGAGGUGCAGUUGGAUCCCAAGGAGAUGACAAACCUCCGGGACCGCGGCACCAUCCAAUAUGUGGAGCAGAAGUUCCAGGCCCACCUGCAGCGCGCCCGGGCGGCCUUCCUCCAGGAGUUCCGAAACCACGCCGUGGUGGUGGAAACAGAGGUCAAGAAGAUUCGAAAUGAGAUGACCGAGCAGAUGGAGGAGAAGUACGGCAAGAUGCUGGGCGAGCUCCGCACCUCCGUCCUGGACUCUGAGGGCGUGGUGCAGUCACAAAAGGCCGAGAUCUCUCAGCUGAAAGGCGUAGUGGCGUCCCAAGAGUCGUACAUGACGGCGGCCAAGAACCAGGAGCAGCUACAGGAGGCCGUGCGGUCUCUGGAGACUCAGCUGGAAUCUGCUCGAGUCGACAUCUUGCAGCUGAAGCACCAGCUUGCCGGCCGGGAGGACCUGGUCUCGCAGCUCCGCGGGGAGUUGGCCUUUCUCUCGGCCGAGGUGCAGCGAUCGGAGGCGCAGCGUCAGGAGGAGCAGCGACUGGCGGAGGAGCGGCUCAGUGGGGCGCAGAAGGCGAUGCAGCAGCAUCAGAAGCUGUUCACGGAUCACAUGCAGAGAUACUCGCAGGAGUUCAGCGAGUACAAAGAAAAGACUUCGGACCAGCUGCAGAUCCUCGCCAUCCUGAACCGCAGGCUGAAAGAGGCCUUGCGACACAUGGAGCAGGAAAGGCAGCGCCACGCUGAAGCGCGGGCCAAGCCCAGCCCUCGCAUCGGCGAGGUGGAAGAGGAAAUAGAAGAAGAGGAGGCCUUUGAGCCCUACGUGGAGAGCGCAGCCCCCGCCUACCGCACGGACGAUAUGGGCAUGGACACGGCCUGGCGGGACUACAAGAUCAGCAACUUCGAGCUGGAUCUGCCUGCCAAGCCACCGCCCAAGUUCAAGGUGGAGCGCGUGCGCCGCGUGCUGCCCAUGCCAGCGCCGAUUCCAACGAUGGAGACUCCGCGGCCCAUGCGUUUGCUGCAGCUGCCAGCGGUGAGCCCUGCACUAGGUGGGAUUCUUUCACCUCGACCGAGGUGAGGUUCUGCCUGGUGAGCCGGCCUCGCAGGCGACGUCUCUCCGAGCCCAAAGGGACAGAGUCCAAGGUGAAAGCGUACCUUUGGCAUGCCAAAUCGCCAACCAUACAGCUUGUCAAAGACUGCAGUACCCCAGAAUUUCCUGACCC